AUGUUUUCGACAGUGAAAAGCUUGUAUGUCUUCUUCUCGUCCUCCGUUCGACUUUGGGAUGUCUUGAAGAAGUAUCUGCCUAACCUGUCACUGAAGCCACUGAGCGAUACUAGGUGUGAAAGUAGCAUCGAUGACCUUACUCUGCCGAGGUUUCAAAUUGGAGACAUUUAUGAUGCAAUGGUUCAGAUAUCAGAAAAAUUCAAUGGCAUGACCGCUCACGAAACAACGUCACUUGUGAAUCAAUUUACCUAUGAAGGAAGGGAUGAGACAAUAGAUGAUCCAACAAAACGAAACAAGAUUGAAUUCUACUAUUAUCUUUUAGAUAUAGUAACCAAUAAACUGAAAGCUCAUUGUGAUUAUUUUGACUUUCUCUACGACAUUGCCGAGCUGAAGAAUGCACCUCCUGACAACCUAGACACAAAGUGUAGAAACCUCACAGAGAUUUUGCAAGAUGAUGAGUCAAGCGACAUUGAUGCACUGGAGUUGAGAGAUGAACUAAAAGUGCUUUCAACAUUGUUGAAACCUGGAAUAGGUCCAAAAGAGAUUCUGAAGUUUAUGGGAAGACGUAAUUUUUGUCCGAAUGUUAACAUUCGUCUGAGAAUUCCCCUAACACUAUCAGUGACAGCUGCAAGUGGAAAGAGGAGUUUCUCAAAACUGAAAUUGAUAAAGACAUACCUCCGAUCAACGAUGAACAAAAUUCAUUUAAAUGAUCUUGCAACAAUAUUGAUUGAGAAUGAGCUUGCGGAGGACUUACAUUACACAGAUCAUGUGAAAGAAUUUGCACAAGCAAAAGAUAGGAAGGUUCGAUUUGUCUAG